CCUGUUCAGCAGUGAUGCUUCACACCCUGAUACACAGAGAAUACACCAGAGCCUAGAUUAUAUAGAGGAAAUUAGAAGAAAACUUGGUAGUUUUAUAUGGGAACAGAUGAAUGAUUCCCUGAUGGAACAGCUUGAUGAAUUAACACCAGUUGACAUAAACACUAGCAUAAAAGAGGAUGAGCAAAGAAUAAAGGGCAAAAAAGACCUGGAUGGAAGCAGUAAAGAAAAAAGAGUAUCAAAAACACCAGUGGGAGGGAAACUUGCAUACUGUCCACUUCAGGAUUAUCCAGUGAACAACAUGGUGACAGGUUAUGUCUCUUCUAGUGAGAUGAAGAAAUACCUUGGGGAACUACAUGACUUCAUUCCUGGCACUUCAGGUUACUCGGUAUAUUGGAUUAAAAAUGAAAUGGACGUUUUCUCCGAUGUGAAAAAUAAAUUGAAAAGAAAACUAUAAAUGACAUUUAAAUGGUUUAUAUCAAAAACAUAACUUGGCUUUGCUAAAACAUUGCUAAAUAUGUGUAUGCCUGUUUAAUAACAUCCCAUCUUUAGCAUUGUAUAUGUCCUUGUUCUCUCUCUCUGUGUUGGUUGAUGGUUACUUUAAAUAGCACUGUAAUGGUACUUAAAGGUUUUUUUAGUUCAGUGACUGGAGGACUGAAUUCUGAAUUGAAUUUCUUUGUAUUAUUUUUGGCCCAGGCUAACUUAUUAUAUUGACUACAACUGGGUGUGCCUUAUAAUUUUUUGGAUACUCAUUAUAUUUUAACAACUGGUUACAUUUGCUGUAAAC